CCCUACCCGGUUAGCGACCCGCAGCUGACCUGGUUUUUAGCCGAAAUCCUAGGGUUUCUUGGCGGCAACGGGGGUCAGGUCAUCGCGCAUCGGCCCGGGAGACGGCGGGCGAAGGCGGAGCAGAUGCGGGUCGGCGCUGGGCGGUCGCGGACAGCUGGCGGAGCGGCGGUGGUCAGCGGUUCAGCUGCCGGCGUUGGGUGGAGGCGCGGUGGCCGGCGCGGGAUCUGCAGGCGCAGUGGCUGGUGCGGCGGCGAGGGAUCUGCAGGGGGGUCGAGCGGCCAAGGCGCGGGCCGGGCCGGGCCGAAAGGAGAAGGAGGUUGGGCCCAAAGGAAAACCUUCUUUCCUCAGGAAGAUCGUCACGAAAGGAAGCCAGUGGUCAGGGGAGUCGGAAGAGUCGAAAUCUUCAGUCGAGCGAAGGGCGUUUCGGGGUUUCUGAAUCGAACCCACAUCUUCAUUUUCACUCCACUUCAUCUUUUUCGAUCGACUGAUGGGGGAGCUGGCUGGUGAUAAACAUGUCAAGUACAUAUUGUCUGUUGAAAAGAAAAAGGAUAGUUUUGAGUCAGUGGUUAUGGAGCACUUGAGAUUGAAUGGAGCAUAUUGGGGAUUGACCACUCUAGAUCUUCUUGGAAAACUUGACACAGUGGAUUCAGAUGAAGUUGUUUCGUGGAUCCUGCAAUGCCAGCACGAGUCUGGUGGCUUUGGUGGAAACAUUGGACACGAUCCGCAUCUGCUGUAUACGCUCAGUGCCGUGCAAGUUUUGGCCCUUUUUGAUAAGUUAGAUGUUCUUGACAUCAACAAGGUGACAGAUUACAUCAGAGCACUGCAGAAUGAAGAUGGAUCUUUCUCUGGGGAUAUAUGGGGAGAAGUUGAUACUCGGUUCUCUUAUUGUGCCAUAUGUUGUCUUGCGAUACUAAAACGGUUGGAUUCAAUAAAUGUGGAGAAGGCUGUCAGAUAUAUAGUGAGUUGCAAAACUUUGGAUGGCGGGUUUGGUUGCACUCCUGGUGCAGAGUCUCAUGCAGGCCAAAUAUUUUGUUGUGUGGGUGCUCUGGCUAUCACGGGUUCACUACAUCACAUUGACAAGGACCUUCUUGGCUGGUGGUUAUGCGAACGACAAGUCAAAUCUGGAGGUUUAAAUGGCCGCCCUGAAAAACUUGCUGACGUCUGCUACUCCUGGUGGGUGCUUUCUAGCUUGAUUAUGAUUGACAGAGUUCACUGGAUUGACAAAGAAAAGCUUAUCAAAUUCAUCUUAGACUGUCAGGACACUGAAAAUGGUGGAAUUUCUGAUAGACCAGAUGAUGCCGUGGACAUUUUCCAUACAUAUUUUGGAGUGGCUGGUCUUUCCCUUCUUGAAUAUCCAGGACUUAAAGCCACAGACCCAGCCUAUGCCUUGCCGGUCGAUGUUGUUAAUAGGAUUUUCUUUGGCAGAUGUUCAACCUGACCACAGACCAUACAAUUUAUUACAUUCUCAUGACUUUCUGAGUAAACAUACUAGCAUCAUUAACCAACUUUCUACUUCACUGUAUACCAAAUUCCACAAAAAUUGAAAUAGUUGUUGGUCGACACAACUUUUCUGGUGAACCAUUUGUUACCCUGGGAGAACCUAAUCUUCUUUUAAUCCUUUUUGUGCCUCUGUCUCUCUCAAGCUAUAGUUUGCCUUUAUGUACCUUCAUCUCUCUUGAGGCUCAAGCUAUAGUUUCGCCUUUUUGUACCUUAGUCUAUCUCCUAUAAAAUUUUGUAUGCUGAAA